AUGUCUCUUUUCUCUCCUCCAACACAUUCACCACUUCUUCUAAACACCAAAACCAAUCUUUCUUCAUCUUCUUCACCUUCUUAUCUUCUUCCUCUUCUUACUUUCUCAUCCAAACGCUCUCCUUCACUAACCCUCUCCUCUCCUUCAAAAUCAGGAAAUGGGUUGGCGAGCGAAGAGAAAAAAAUCUUACUUGAACAGUAUGGUUAUGAUGUUGACGCUGAUAAGUACUUUUCUCAAUCAUCUCCAAAGUCCAAGAGAAAAAAGGAUCAACAAAAGGCAAGAGGAGGGAAGCAAGUGCAGGUGGAUCCACCUGAGGAACCUAAGACUCCUCGUACAACACAUAAAUUGCUUCAGGUUCUUGGAGGAACAGCACGAAGAAGGAAGCUACUCUCACCAAAUAGCAUGGAUGUACGCCCCAUGAUGGAGGUCGUGAAAGGUGCAACCUUCAACAUAUUACAGGCGGCUUGUGGUUCUCCUGCAUCCUUGCGACCUGGACGCUGGUUAGACUUGUAUAGCGGUACCGGUUCUGUUGGAAUUGAAGCACUUAGCAGAGGAUGUUCUGAGGUGCAUUUUGUUGAGAUGGACCCUUGGGUUGUAUCGGAUGUUUUACGUCCAAACUUAGAGGUGACCGGAUUCCUUGACGAUUCAGUCAUUCACACCGUCCGCGUGGAGAAAUUCUUCGAACGCGCAGAGCAAUUUGUAGGAAACAAGGACACGUUUGAUUACAUUAGUGUCACCCCUCCAUACGUACAAGUUGACUAUGCGGUGCUAAUGGGACUGAUUUCGGAAUCACCCUUUGUUGGAGAAGACACUUUUAUGGUAGUUGAGUAUCCUUCAAAAACCAACAUACUUGAGUCUUGCGGACAUCUUGUUAAGAUAACCGAUAGGCGAUUCGGGCGGACAGUGUUGGCAAUUUAUGGACCAACAUGGGCUCAAAAGAAGAGGAAAUCAAAGAUUCAAAAAACACAAUUGUAG